AUGGAAAUGAGAGUGAGAGGCGGCGCUGAUCGUUAUCAUCUUCGACCACAAUUUCUGCAAGCAUUGCCAACCUUAGGCACAGCACCCAAAAUAGAGAAGAAAAGAAAGCUCAAAAGAAGCAGCAGGAAGAAACAAAGGAUCACUCCUAUUAUUCCUGCAAAGUCAAGACCAUGGGCUGAUCUUCCCAAGGAACUUCUUCAUAUAUUCUCUAAAUCUGACAGUCUCAGUGUUGCAGAUUUUCUCAGCUUUGGCAAAGUUUGCAGAAGCUGGAGAUUAUUUUAUACAGAAACCAAGGGGCAGUUCAUGGCUUCACGACCACCUCUUGUCAUUUACAUUUCAACUCGAGCCAAGAAAUCUUGUCGUUUCUACGAAAUAACUACUUCCCCAAACUCAUAUCAAACUAAGCUCCCUUACUUUGCUCGCAACUUCUGUAUUGGUUUCUCAAAUGGAUACUUAAUCAUGGAAGAUAUUCUCACCAAUGUUUGGCUCAUCAAUCCUGUCACCGGCCACCAACUCAAUUACCCUCGUUUGUUUGAAGCUCGUAAUUUUUUGUAUUGCCCUGACCGUGCCGUGUUCGCUUCCAUUGGAGAUUCUCAAGAUAAUUAUCUUCUUGCGGUUCUCUCUCCAGUAUAUAACAAAUUGAUGUUCUUUGUUUCCAGGGUUAACCAAUGGCAACAAUUCUCUUAUAAAGGGAAAACUUGGUCUAUUGGAGACAUUGUUGUUUUCGGAGGCAGGAUUUAUGCUCUAACAAGUGAGUAUCAGAUUGGUGUUCUCAGCGUCAAAACUCGUGAGGUGAUUCUUCUGAAUCUGAAAGGCACACCUCAGUUGAGCGGCAUUCGUAAUGUCAGGUUCGUGGCUUCAAAGAACCAGCUUCUGAUUGUUGAUUUCCCUCCGGCGGCUUACAAUCUUGAAGUGUACACCAUAGAUUUAUUGAAGAUGGAAUGGGUUAAGGUGAACCGACUGAGAGAUGAACGUCAAGCUAUUUUUCUUGGUGACAGAAUGUCUUCAAGGUUGAGCAAUGCAACGAACUGGGGAGGCGAAAGCAACUGCGUUUAUCACCUGCCAUUCAUGGACAACCACUUGUUAUAUAACAGCUGA